AAGAUUAUGAGUAUAAGUGUGCGUCUUACUAUUCACGUAGAAUGUCUACUGCGAAGCAAAAUAUCGAAGGGAACGAGCCGUUGGAAGCAGUCACAAAAAAAGAUCGACCAUGGCCAAAGGUGUGUCGUCGGCAAUUGAGUGAGUGAGUGAGACAAGCGCACCAUCCAAUCUUGGCUUUCUUGGCUGCAGGGUUGCCUAUUAUAUUUCGCACUGACCCGGAGCACCAAGGCAUCGAAUAAGAGCUCUCUAGCUAGCGCCAACAAUUGAGUUGAAGAUCCAAGCAAUCUUUUUCAUCAUCUUCAGUCUCGCUAAAAAAGACCAACUGGCCAGACGAAUUGAAUUCACGAUCGAACAGUACUGUACAGCACUCCCCUUUAUACUACUCCAUCCAUUUACAAGCAAAGAUCCUUUGACUUCAUGCCUACAUCAUUGUGUGUGUCAUAGUAACAUAACAACGCAUCAUGAAGACCAGUCUGUCUCACGUUCUUCCCGUGUGGAAGGCCUGCAAGAUCCUGGGCGAACCUACCGUGCGUCGGAUCGUGCAAACGUUGAUGCAAUUGCGGACGAGAGGAGUUCAUGUGACGGCCAAUGUGACACAUGUGGAAAGCAGCGACCAACACGACACUACUAAUAGUGAGACCAAGACGUCGCAGGAAGAAUUGUGGGAUGAAGAAUUGGAGCAACUCGUCGAAGCCCUCCUGUACAUGCCCAAUCAGCUGCCUCAUGGAGCCACACCUCCCGUGCGAAGAACCAACGUGCCUACUCAAAAGCCCGUGACGAUUCCGACUCCUCCGGUAGUGGCACAAUCCUGGCAAAAGUUGACGACGCAUACGCGAAUGUUUGGCAUGGACAAGUCGCUUCUCUUUCGAUUCACUGUCCCCAAUGUGUGUCAACCUCAUAGUGGACCGCAGGGACACAUGGGACUCUUUGAUUGUUGGGUCUAUACGCUGCAAGGACAUGCUCCGACAUCGUCCGCCACCUAUUAUGGUGGAGCGGCCAACAAUAUGGUCUGGAUUCCAGACGUUAUCAUAUUUUUGGCGGUUUGUAAGGAUUAUCAAGACAAAUUUUAUAGUGCAGCAGCAACCACAGCAACAACAACAAGCAGACCAAAACGAGACAGCGAAAUGACAGAAGGAACCGAAGAAGAAGACGAAGAAGACGAAGAAGAGAGCGAAGACGAUGAAGAGGAAAAGGCGGAAGAACAGAGACGACAACAAAUGCUAGAAUCUUGCCUCAAAACCAUGGCAAAAUUGUCCUAUCGAUUCUACGACGCCUACCAGAAAAAAGGAUCCUUGUCACGAGACACGGUCCAUCGAUUUUUGACGGACGUUUACGGCGAAGAUUCCUACAAAACACAAGAAAUGCGCACACUGCUGGACAAGGUGUUUCGACCCACCGACAAGGCCAUUAGUGCCACGGCAGCCGCUGCGGGCGAAACCACGGUUCGUCCACAGUCGUCGGUGCAAUUGUCCGAAGGGUUGUUUGUAUCACGCAUUGUCGCCACCACGCCGACACUCGAUGCGCAACGAGUAGUACAAAAACCACACGCCCCACAAACAUCCAAUGGACAUGUCUUGUUGGAUUGGAUUUCACUACUGGGAGCCGCCAUGGUGCCUCCGGAAGAAUUGCCACAAUCGACCGUGGCGUAUUUGGAAACCAUGCAGGUACAUCCGCAACCCAUUGUGCAUCAGUACUUGUUGGCCGAAACAAGACUCUACGAAAUCAAACGACGAUUCCAUUCCCUGGUGGAAUCUUCGGCCGUGAUUAUUCACGGAGAUGUCAUGGCGGCGAAUGGGGACGACAAUAAUGAGGAAGAAAAAACCGUCGAUGCGGGGACCAAGGUGGCCAAUACGUCCACCAACACGGCUGCUCCCGCCGUACCAAAACAUGUCAUUACCCAAUCUGCCUUUGAAUCUGCUGUGACCCGUCCGAAUAAUGAUAUGGGACAGGGGGGAUACCUCCCCGCGAGAUUGGCACGAAUGGUAUUCAGUGCCGUUCUCAUGGGUGGAUCGACGGCCGUGUUGGUAGAUGCAGCCAAUGACAUAGACGAUGAUGACGAUGGCGAUCCGUCGAAUCAUCGAAAAUCCUCCAAAAAGAAAUCCUUCUGGGGAUUGUAUCAUGUACUCAAAUUCGGGUGCGAAGCGGUACGAUGCACCAAGGAGGCCAAAACGCACAAGGGAAAAUCCAAGAAAAUAUCGACACAUGAUCGGGAUGUAGCCAUCUUGAAGCAGGUAUUUGCCAUGUUUGCACAAGUUCCCACCACUAGUAGCAACAAUGGCGCCAAGGUGAAAAAACCAAAAGAUCCCCUCGAUGGACGAUUGUUGUUGGACCGAUCGCAUAUUGGAGCCAUGAUUUUGUUGCUGUUGGAACAUGCCCAGUUUCGGUUGCAACAGGACGCUCCACCCCAAAAGGAUGACGACAAUACAGUGACAGGAUAUGAAGAUGAAGAAACGCUGGAUGCCUCGGAUGAUGUCUAUGUCAAUGCAUCUGCUUGCUCGUUUCUGGGACUGCUGCCACCCACAAACCAGCCACCCGCUCCGACGGAGCAAGUGUCAUUGAAAGACUUGGUGGAAUACGUCUUGCAGCAAGCCAAAGACAAGAAUUCCAACAAGGAAGAUGAAGGCAAAAUAUCCUUUGAAGAAUUUUGUCGUUGGCACUAUGCAAGCAGCGAUGGCAGCAAUGCGAAAAACGACGAGAAGCAAAAAAUUGUCACGGCUUCGCAGACGCGACGCCUGGGUCCCUUGCUUUUAGAAUUGCGGUUGAUUGCCGCCGUUCUGUUUGGAAUCCCUCCGGCAUUGGCAAGCAUGGAAGUAACACUGAUUGCCGAGUUGCAGCGCCGACACAAAUACCGAUAUCCACCGACAGAAGUUUCGCGCAGAGGCCCGAAGGGCACCGUCUGGUAUAUUAUUGAUCACGGAUGGUUCCAGACGUGGGCUUCGCUGGUGAAGCGCGUGUCGCACACGGUGGACGAUGCCGGUGAUGGUCGCAGCGAUGGCACGGCUACCACCAGUCGCGGUUUGCCCAAAAUUAACAAUACAAACUUGCUGGCGGACAAUGGCUCCUUGGCGUUGCGGGCUGACAUCAAGUGGGGGCAUGAAUACGAAAUUUUGCCUCCUUUGGCGUAUUCCGCUCUUCAGGCUUGGUACGAUGGUGGUCCUCCGAUUCAUCGCAUCGUUGUACCGUACAUUCCAGCCAACAUUGCAUCGCCUCACAGUCGAAGGCAGCCCAAAAUGCGAACUGAAAUGGAAAUGGAACUCUAUCCGUUCUUUGUGACGGUGUUCUUGUGCGACGCAGCUUCGCGAGGAGAUACUCGACCCUUUCAGCAAUAUGUUCCCGUUAGUAGAGUCAGCCCUGUUCGAGUUGUGCUGCUGCAGCUGGCAAAGGGGCUCAACAUAGACCCUGAUUUGUGUCGAUUAUGGAUGACGGGAACGGAGCCAGACAGUACUGAUGACAAUGCCGAUGUUGACUGGCUGCUUGAUUUGGAUAAGAACAUUGUUGAGCAGCGCAAAGCGCGAGCACAAACUCAUCCAGGGGCUGCAUCGGCGGCAGGUGGAGAAGGCGGUGGAAUCACGCUUCUGUUGGAAGUAAGAGACGAAGAAAGUGACAUGUGGCCCCGCGGAAUUGAUGGACGGAGGCGAUCGUACUUGGACAAUCGCGGGCAGCAACGAGCGGACGAACCAGAAAUGGGCGAUGGUGUGGUUGGAUUGUACAAUAUGGGUAACACUUGCUACUUGAAUUCGUCCAUUCAAUGUCUGAGCCACACGCCAAUACUCCGAGAGUACUUCACGUCGAAAGCGUACUUGAAUGACAUCAACACAACAAAUCCUUUGGGGAAACAGGGACAACUUGCUCAGGUUAGCGCCGUACUCAUCAAUUCACUUUGGAAGCGAUUUGGCAACCAGAUGAGCAGCGUUGCGUCAUCUUCCUACAAUCCACGACAACCUCGUCGAGUCACUGCACCUGGUUCCUACUGUCCAGUCAAUGCUCCGUCGCUUACGCCGAAAACCUUCAAGGAAUCGCUUGGCAAAUUCAACGAAAUUUUUUCGGGGAACGAGCAGCACGAUGCUCAAGAGCUGUUAGCGUUCUUGCUGGAUGGUCUUUCAGAGGAUCUGAAUCGCAUUAUGGACAAGCCUUACAUUGAACAACCUGAUAGCGAUGGCCGUCCUGAUUCUGAACUUGCGGACAUUUGGUGGUCGAACCACUUGAAACGAGAGAUGUCAAUCAUCGUGGCAUUGUUCACUGGACAAUACAAGAGUUUGUUGACAUGCCGAUCGUGCAAGUACGAGAGUGCUCGUUUCGAGCCAUUUAUGUUCUUGCAACUGCCACUCCCAGAAGAUGAUCAUGUUCCAGUAUCUGUGAUUAUGUACCCACUCAGCACGUUUGAUGCUGGAGGCAACCCUAAUCCCCCCAAAGAUGUUUUCAAGUAUUCAGUCCGAGUGCGAAACGAUGGGAAUCUUUACGACGUGCUUGUGGCUCUUGCCAAGUUGUUGCAUGCCGACGAAACCAACAAAGCGGCCGAGAACGACAAGAACAACAGCGACCGUCAGCGAGAACUGCAACGAUUGACGAGCACCGCAACGGAAGACAUCGAAAUUCUUGAAGAAGUCUACCAGAAGCGUGCCAAGGACAUGGCAGUAGUUGACAUGCGAGAUGGUUACAUCUCGAAAGUAGCAUCGAAUUCAUGGUCCCUCCCGGACCUUCAAAACAAGGAUACCGGCGAACUCCCUGUGCUUCAUGUCUAUGAGCUUGACCCUCUUCCUGAGGAUAACACAGAUGCCAUGAACGAAUCUCUCCGAACAGGCGAUCUCGGGAAGGACGACGACGGAAUAAAGGUCAUCAAGGCAAGUAAUAACGACGAGGAUGAGAGCGGAGAAGACGACACGAGUCGAGAGGAGGAAGAGGAUGCUGUACCAGAGCCCGAAGCUGCAAAGUUUUCCUUUUUAGCAAUGGCGCAGCGGAAGUCAGAAGUAAUGUCACGUGACUUUCUGCAUCCCCUAGCGCACCGAGUCUUCGGAACACCGAUGCUGUUGCGAGUCCAAGACUUGGAAGGUUUCACUGGCCGUGAUCUUUAUGAUCUUGUGGCCGUGAGAGUGAGAACUUUUGUCCCCAAGGGUGCACUGAGAUUCCUUGAAAAAGACGAUGACGAAAUGGAAGUGGAACUUGUAAGCAGUCGUCAGCAGUCUGACGGAACACAAGGUAGUGGAAGACAACGUUUGAAAAAGACUACCACCGACAUGGAAGAAGUUUCGGCAGGACCCGUGCCUCGAUAUGGGUUCAGGUUAAGGAUCACAUCAAGGGACGGGCGAAGAUGCACUCUUUGCCCUUGGUUCGAGUGCUGUAUCGGAUGUUUGGUUCCUGAUGAUGAUUAUCCUACCAUUGUCAUGUGUGGAGACAGUAUAACAGUGGAUUGGCAUUUUGCUGUUGACGUUGCGACCUCAGGCUUUGGCCAGCGAAUCAAUAGCCAAAUUGACCCCCUGGUCGGUUCGUCCAACUUUGCUCCAAGACGGAAUAUUCCCGGCGUAACUAUCAAGAAUCACAGUUCCAUGGGAGCAGGCCCCAAGAAAACGGGAAUUCAAGGUGCCAUAUCUUUGGAGGACUGCUUAGAUUCUUUUGCCCAAGAAGAGCGUAUCCCUGAGGCGUACUGCUCCAAGUGCAAGGACUUUCGAGUUCAGACCAAGCGCAUGAGCUUGUGGCGGCUCCCACCCAUUGUUAUUAUCCAACUGAAACGUUUCCAAUUCACACAGCACAUGAGAAGGAAGCUUCGCGACCUGGUCGUGUUUCCAGUGGAAGGGCUCGACUUAUCCCGCAUUAUUGCUUCGGAUAACCUGGUUCCCCCAGUAGAAUCAUCCAAUUCAAGCAACCAGCCCAAAAAGAAAAAGAAGGCCAAGGAUAAGAAGAAGCAGAGCAGGGCUAAUGGAUCUUCCAAACCAGCACCAGACGUGCAUGGAAGUGCUUACUUGGAAGAUCCCGACAUUGACGAUCUAGGCACUGAGGCAACAGAGUCAUCCCAGUUCAUCACGGAUGAUGACGGUCGAUCCGAGAUGCUGUAUGACCUGUACGGUGUUGUGCACCAUCAAGGCGCAUUGUCGGGGGGUCAUUAUGUGGCAUCGCUCAAGUCCGAGCUUGACGGUCAAUGGCGCCUGUUCAACGAUGCUCAAAUCUACGAAAUCCACAACCGAGACGUCGUCGAUUCGUCGGCCUACAUUUUGUUCUACAUCCGACGAGAUGUGAAGGACGCUCGUUUGUCUGACUACUGGGAUACCACAGCAAGAGAGGGUGAGGGCAUGUCGGAGGAAGACUUGGACAGAAUGUUGAAGGGCCAACGAGGCGCCGGAGCUUCCGCGAACUGUGUGAUCAGCUAGUUACUAUAGUUUGACACGAUAUACCGGUAGAAACAUUCGUUUUUGUGAUUCAAAUUGGUUUAUACUUUCAGCACCGGGGUACCGAUGUAGCUAGCUCUUCGUUCAUGCUUUCGAGUGGUGAAAGUCGGAUAGAGCUUCAGUCAACUAAUUCUAUUUGAGCUUCUAGUUGUGAACGGUAUCACUUCAAAAUUGGCUCGGCUUGGCUUGUCCUUCAGCCAUUCGUCUCUUUUGUUGUUGUGCUUAUUGAAAUGCAUCUUCGUCGUCCCAAGAAGAACCAUCAUUGUUCCUGUCUUCUG